AUGAGUGUUUUGCAAAGGAAAAUUGAGCAUUUUUUAACCACAAAAAAUGACCUUGAGGCCGAGUAUAAGCUCAUUGUAAAGUCUCAACCUCAUGACGACUCCGAGACGGGUCUCAAAGACCUCUACGAGUUUGAUCAGUUGUGCUAUCUGUACAUUGCAUUGAAGUCGUACUACGACUAUUCGCAAACGACUUGGGAUCUGGACUACAGGAAUAUUCUUGACGAUUUGGCAUCGAUAGUUCAGAAGAUGGAGGACAAGAUUCCUAUAGCAGAGAUAGUAGGGAACGUGCCUCAGUUGAACGUGAUACGACGCCAAUUGCGUGAGAAUGCUAAAGAGGGCGGUAAAGUGGCUUCGAGUAUGGUCCAAUCGACAGCUGAUAUGGAGACUUUCAAUGCUGUCAUCGCUUCAUGCAACUCACAACACGUCAAGGAGACGGAGACUAUGAGCCGACAGUUGCCGAAGAAUAAACCAAGAACUCCUCAAAGAGUUACUGACAAGUCUUCUACAACAAAAAUCUCCCAGCAUUCCGAAAAUCGUCAUGGCCUUCCUUCUCGAGAUUCCGACUCCAAAAUUGCAUCUGUCUCAACAAGUCCCACCCCGGACUCUGGAUCCUCAAACCCAUCUGAAUCCGGGAAGCCCCCUUCGAACAUAGCAGCGCAAAAUAUUUACGAGCUCUCGACUUCAGAAAACGACGAGCAGCCCGAUAGCGGCACCACAAAACCUACAGAAACUCACACGUCCAAUGGCUUAAAACGAGGAGCACCUCAAGUGACAUCGCAUUCUCAGAAGCGUAUCAAGCAAGUAUUCUUCACGCACUUAGACAGCUGGAAGCCGGAAUACGUCAGAGUCCUCUACCAAGUUGCCAUGAUAAACCCGCACAGAAUUAAUCAAAGCGUUCAAGAAGCAUUUCGGGAGAAAUUCAACAUUUCACUAUCGUACGAUGCUGUGCAUGCCCUUCUAUUUCAUUAUGGAAUUCUCUCGGAAUCAAUGGAGCAUUACCAAUACUACAUUCAAACCUUUCACAGUGUGGCUUCUAAAUUUUACGUCAACAGGCACAAAUAUGUCACAGAACCAUGGGCUGAGUUAAAAAAACUGUUUACCAGAAAGACAGACUACACUCUUUCAGAUGAAGAGGUGAAAGGCCUUUAUGAGUUGUUUGUUCUCCACAGGCAAACAUAUGGUCCAACAGGAGAGCCCCCAGCUUAUUACGAACCCCUAUGGGAGGAUUUUAAUAGGAUUCAUAAAUUCAGGAAGUACAAUAAGUUGAAUAUUCCUACAAUCUCGAAAGCGAAGGAGUCCAAACCUAAUGAUGCAGCAACCAAUUAUCAACCAGCUCAAUUUUCAACUGACGAACACCACAGGAGUAUUAAUCAUUCCACAAACUGGACUCCCGCCAUGAAUGAUGCUAUUAUCAGAGCUGACGCUGCAGUGGGCGAAGGGAGCGGACGCGAACUACUCAUCCAACAAAAGCUUCGUCAGGAAGGCUUUUCUGUCUCCUUGGAAGAUAUAGGCAUUAAGCUAGGAAAUGCAGCAGUCGUUGAAUCGGCAAAGGUUUUGAAGCAGCGAAUACGAGAAACUAUGCAUCAUUUUCCACAACCAAGCCGCCAACUUCUGAGCCGAGAACUCACUGAUCAAUUUGGGAAUCAAACCCCCCAGCCUAAUCCGAAUCAGACUGGUGCCUCGCGCCCUGCUCUCUCCAGUAUUCCACCGUCGACAGGCAAUCAGGCACAGUCUGGUAACGCUACAUCAACUGCGCAUAAGUCUACAAAUUCCUCAGUUGCAGAGGCAUCAAAAACUCCCUCAAAAUCCCUCCCACAAGGUGUCAAGAGAGUGGCCCCUAGAACUGGUGACCAGUCUAAACACUUCGAUGGCUUCAUGGAGCAAAUAGCGAAGUCUGCUCGGCCUGAGUGGCACUAUCACAAGCGUUUUGACAAAUUGCCCGCUUCAUCGUUUUGGGAUUUCGAGAAGAAUAAGACCAUAACUACAGUUGUGGAUCACAUCAGUCUGAUUCCCGAAAAUACCUUGAAUGCUACGGAAAGAGUCGCUAGGGCGAACUUGAUGAAACUCAUUACACUUCGAUUUCUAAGACUUCAUCAGAUCAUGAUAUCCGAGGACUACCUACAAGCCCGACUCAUCAAAAUGAUGGAGAAAGACGUCUUCGAUCCUAAAGCGUGCCGUCUUAUUAAUGAUCAACUAACGAAAAAAUAA